ACUGUCAUUCGCGUUCUAUCGCAAUGGCAAUUGCAAAACCAACAAACAGUGCCAACAGAUUAGCGCACGAAACGAAUACGCGUUGAUUAGAUAACAUCGCGAGAUAGAGGAGACGUUCGUUGUUGAUGCACGGGUGCCGCGUUUGUUGAUUGUUUAUCCUCAACAUAGUUGCCCUUGAAAUCGUAGCAUUGCGUGUGGGUGAAUCGAACACUUACCUUAGCUGCCGGUACAUCAACGGGUAAAAAUGUCGGAAACGUACAGUCCACUAAAGCAAACGGUCGGAUUCAUCGGAGGCGGUAAUAUGGCCUACGCUAUUGCAUCUGGACUACUGAACAAAGGUGUCCUGAAAGCGGAACAAAUUUGUGUGUCGGCCACCAACCUAGCGAACUUGCAAAAACGUUGGUGUCCACUCGGGGUGACGCACGUUACCACCAACAACGGGGAGAUUGUGUCGAAAGCGGACACCGUGUUUAUCUGUGUAAAACCACAAAUUUUCCCCCAAAUAGUUGGUGAUAUUGAAAGCGCAGUUCUAAAGCUUCCUUCCAGUGCGGGCCGUAAGCUGUACGUCUCGAUAAUGGCUGGCGUAACGCUCGAGCGCUUGGCGAGCACGCUGCCGAUGAUAGAUGCUAAUGAUUUGGUCCGCGCGAUGCCCAACACCCCGAUGCAGGUUGGCGUCGGAUGUACGGUGUUUUGUCGUUUGUGUACCACCACCGACACGCUGUACGAAGCGUUGAAGUUCAUGUUCGGUGCGCUUGGGCUGGCGUACGAAGUGAGGGAAAGUCAAAUUAACGCCGCCACGGGGUUGGCCGGCUGUGGGCCAGCGUAUGUGUACGAAUUCAUUGAGGCGUUGGCCGAUGGAGGAGUGAAACAGGGCAUCCCGCGCGACAUGGCCCUACGGCUUGCAGCGCAGACGGUGAUGGGCGCGGCGAAAACCGUGCUGGACACGGGCAAGCAUCCUGCCGUGCUGAAGGACGAAGUAUGUUCGCCCGGUGGAGCUACGAUCCACGGUGUGCACGCGUUGGAGCAAGGAUCGAUGCGCGGCACCGUCAUGAACGCGGUGGAGCGAGCUACAAACCGAGCCGAUCAGCUUUCGUAGGCCGUAGCCGUUAUGGUGCGCUUUGUGUUGGGUCCGUAGUGGGUUAUGUGUACGUGUACGUGUUUCAUUGUUGAUAUAGUAAAAUGUGAAAUAAAACGUGUCACUGUCGUGUCGUGUUGUUAAAUGAGUUUAAA